AUGAAUUACAUAGAUAUUCUCCACCCAUCCUCAUCCACAAGCGAACAAGUGCAUCCAGGUCUACGUGAGAUCAAAUUAGAACGCGAUCCAAACUAUUCUGGUUAUGGGUUUCAUCUUCAGUAUAAUAAAAUUACUUAUCUUGCGCGUGAAGUCGAAGAAAAUAGUCCCGCUCAGCGUAGCGGUUUACGUACAAACGAUCUUAUUCGUAAAAUAAAUGGAGAAGUAACGGAUAAAAUGCCACAUAGCAAUUUUGUUAAAAUCGUCAAUGAUAGUAAUGAGAUCACAUUCACUGUUGAACAAAAGCCAGAAUCUGCUAUUCUUCCAGAAAAAAAUGUGACAGCUACUACUACUACUGUUGUUACUACUACUACUGCUUCGGAUGCUGGCAGAGGAGGAGAGCAUCAGGAUGCACAAUCAGACUCGAGCAAAAAUCCAAAGGAAAAAUUGAAAAAGAAAAUACAUAAAAUAACAGCACGAUCAUGA